UCAGACACGGUGGAGAUGUUCGAAGGCGAGAAAUUCUUUGCUGCCUUUGAGAGAGGCAUCGACGUGGAUGCUGACCGCCCGGACUGCGUGCAGGGCCGAGUGUGCUUCGUGUUCUACUCGCGCCUGAAGAACGUGAAGGAGCUGUACGUGACCACCACGCUGGACCGGCAGGCUCAGGCCGUGAGGGGCCAGGUGUCCUUUUAUCGGGGAGCCGUGCCUGAGGAGGUGCCCGAGGAGGCAGAGGCUGCCAGGCAGAGGAAGGGCAAGGACACCCUGUGGAUGGCCACUCUGCCCAUCAAGCUGCCGAGACUGCGGAGGCCUGAGGGGCUGCGCCCGGGGCAGGGUGCUGGCCUUUCCCUGGCACCUCUGAACCUGGGUGAUGCUGAGACCGGUUUCCUGACCCAGAGCAACCUGCUGAAUCUGGCCGGGCGCCUGGGCCCUGACUGGCCAGCUGUGGCCCUGCACCUGGGUCUGUCCUACCAGGAGCUGCAGCGCAUCCGGCACGAGUUCCGGGAUGACCUGGACGGGCAGAUCCGUCACAUGCUAUUCUCUUGGGCUGAGCGCCAGGCUGGACAGCCGGGGGCUGUGGGGCUCCUAGUACAGGCCCUGGAGCAGAGUGACCGGCGGGAUGUGGCCGAAGAGGUGCAGGCCAUCUUGGAGCUUGGCCGCCACAAGUAUCAGGACGGCAUCCGUCGCACAAGCCUGGCCCCCAGGGACCUUGCCCCCCCUGGGCCUUCCGCAUCACAGUCCCCAGAGCCUGCCCAGGCCUAGGCAGACCCUGUGGACUCUGGGCUGGCCCCAUGUGUGCUUUGGCCAGUGCUCAGAGGCCCCCGAUUUCCAGUCUUCCCUGUGUAUGAGGACAGUGACCUCUGGUGUGUAACAAACGUGCACUGUUCUGGCUGCUUUCUCAGA